GAUUCAUCGACCACAUGUGGGGGGUAGGAGCUCCCAGAGCGGCGUUGCUUCACCCGUCCGCCAGUUAACACAUCUCUUUCUACGGAAAUGGUGACGUGAGUGGGAGGAUGAGACGCUUCCGCCAGCCCCGCUUUCUGUCCACCGUCCUCCUCACCCUGUUGUGCAUCCUUUUGAGUAUCAACAUCUUCUUCCGUACUGGAUACCGAUUCAAUAUAGAGACCAAUUUUCUUCGUCAACCGACGUUGCGGCAGGGAAGCAGGCCCAGACCCAGGAUCCACCCAGAUCGACCCUGGUUCAUGAGGGGAGGUCUCAUCCGACCAGAAGAGACUGGAAGUGGUGGAAUGCCUCCUCUCCUUUGGCCACACGAGUCGGGCGGUGACCGGAUUGUAAAUCAGCUGAUGUAUGUGCCUUCUGGCUACUUGGAGAGUCGCAACGCCAGUCGCCACAAGAAGAUUCUACUCUACUUCGGUCGGAGAGGGUGGAGUGACCUGCCCUUGGGUCGAGAAGUCUUCCUCAGGGACCACUGUCCUGUUGACACAUGUGAGAUCACCACUUACCACACCAAGGACGUUGACCUCGUCCUCUUCAAAGACAGAUUCGAGUUGCCAACUUACUCAAGACCUCCUCAACAAAUCUGGCUUCUGUUCCUGCUAGAGUGUCCACUUCAUACACAGACCUUCAGUGCAGCUGCUGGAUAUUUCAACUGGACGGCAUCUUAUCGCCAUGACUCGGACAUAGUAGCUCCUUACGAAAAAUUCGUUCCUUACCCGAAGCCAAGGCGAAAGAUGAAUAACCGUGAUUACGCCAAAGGGAAAUCCAGCAAAGUGGCAUGGUUCGUGUCGAACUGCGCAGCACGCAACAAGCGACUACAAUAUGCUCGUGAACUGGCUCGGCACAUUGAAGUGGACGUGUACGGGAAGUGCGGAGCGCACCGGAAGUGCCCACGCACCAGUGCAGGUCGAUGCUUCCACAUGCUGAACAGAGAUUACAAGUUCUAUUUGGCUUUUGAGAACUCCAACUGCAAAGAUUAUAUUACGGAGAAGUUCUUUCUCAAUGGUCUUGGACAUGAUAUCAUUCCAAUUGUGAUGGGUGCCCGUCCCGAAGAUUACGCGAGAGCUGCUCCACCCCACUCCUACAUUCACGUGGAAGACUUCUCAAGCCCCGCCCACUUAGCUGAAUAUUUACACAAAGUGGACUCCAACGACACACUGUUUAAUUCAUAUUUUCAGUGGAAGAUUACCGGAGAAUUCAUUAAUACCCGGUUCUGGUGUCGGCUCUGUGCUCUUAUGCACGCCCCGGUAGUUCCUAAAGUGUACACUGAUCUGGAGACUUGGUGGGCUGGCAGAGGGACCUGUGUCACCGGAGAGUGGAAGAAAGCGUCAUCUGGUGUCGAGGGUCAAGACACUCCUAUAUAUCCGACCUGAACGUUACGCAUUUUUGUAUGAUCCGUGAAAUCCAUUAAGCCUUUAAACAAAACCGUUGGAGAAUUCGACGAUCCAAUUUGAAGCGUUGAUGAACUGUUAUCUGGAAGGUUAGCCUUCAGUUGUUUCUCUGUCUGUUAAAAUGAUGUAAAGGCGAUCUCGUGCAUCGCUGCUGAAAUGAAGCAAAAAGUUUUAUUUUUUGCAGUUAAUCUAUGUCAAUUGAAACAAAAAAAAGAUUUUGCUUCUUUCAUUAUAUCGGUAGGAAGAUAAUAUUUGUUCUAUUUAACUUUCAUGAUAAUAUAAUUGUGAUAAGGGGGUAUGUUCCUACUCGCUUCAUUCACCCCUCUCUUCGACUGAGACACAAUCACUUCUCUGUUUUGUUUCUCGAGCUCUUGAGGAUUGUAACAUUAAAACUAAAAGUAUUCAGUGAGAUACCUUCAAGUGACGUAGUGUGGGUAUCUCGAUCCUGAUGGGUUGUUGAAACGGGGCAUUUAUUUACAUUAGAAACUGUUUUUUUCCAUUCCAUUUCGAGUAAACCAAGCCCGUCAAGCAUCAGUGCUCUUAAGUGACACGUUCUAAAUUCUAUCACAAAGAUUCAUUUCAAUUCUUUCACUCUAUAUUUACACAGAGAUUUAACACAAAGACAGGCACGAAGACAUGUGGAACAUAAACAAUCUAAUUAUGCAUCAGAGUUGCCAGACUCACAAAUCAAAUAUAUAUCAUGGUUACAAUAAAAUAGGUAAACCAAUAAUUAAUCUAAGUUAAGUAAAAGAAGUAGACGAAAAAGAAUUAUAUUUCAUCUAAUUCGAUGUGCGAUAUGGAUCUGUAUUUAAUUAACUUAUCGUUCAUUAACAUUCUAACUUAUGUAGAGAAAUUUAGCUCAACUUUAAUACGACAUUUUGUUGAUAAAGAUUAGCUAUGUGUGGGUAUAGGAUGUCUUCUUCUUGAAGUGCAAGUACCCAAUUAAAUGAUUCCACAUUUCUUUUGCUUGUUUCAACAUUGAUUUCACAGAAUUAAGACAUGAUUCUACUAAAAUGAAAUUUGAAAUGAAACAUUUUCCCCAGUUAUCAUUACGACUUCAACUAAAAAAAAAUGAAAUUCUGAAUUUUUUGAUUACUAUAAAAACUCGAUACAUUUUUGAACCCGAGAGAUUAUUUAGCUAUAGUUAAUUCCCAAUAAUGCUCUAUUUUUACAUUCAGUAUACUUUAAUUGCAUUGUGCUUUUCAUAAAGCUCAUUAUAAAAGUAAUUCAUUCACCAGGUAAGCAAGGUAUAUACCAUUUUUAAACUGCUUAUCAUAAAAUGCUGCGUCAUUAGGAAAGAACACGACGUUUUGGUUUGAUUCUUUAAAUCGGAAUAAAAAUCAAAAUAAAAUUUAAAAAAAAAAACGUUGUAAUAUACUCAGAAAGGAUGAUAAGCAAAUGUUGCUGGUACAUACCUUUAAAAAAAGGUUAAAAAUACUUUUAUGAUUUAUAUAAAUUUUAUGCUAAAGAAAUCUGGAUUUUCCCUGUUGAUCAAGGAACCCGGUUUUUUUCCUCUUCAAUUUAAUAAGAAUGUUGGGCAAGAAAGUAAUUUCGGUGUUUUAGUGAGAAAUAAAACUCUGAUCCUUUUAUAAACUUUCUGAUAAUCUCAGAAUUUCAUGUCCUUAUGAUAUCAUUCUGAAUUCAGAUUACAUUCAUUUUAUUUUGUAAUCGUUGUUAAACAGUCGACUCCAUUUUUUUAGUUUACGACUCCUAACGUUCAACUCCUUAGCCUUGUCAUUAUAAACCCGGUUCAGAAGACAAGGGUAUUUGCGUUACAUGGAGAGGAAAACCUCCCACGGGUUGCCUGACGGGGAGAGGACUCUCACUCAUGAUCUACCACUGAGGAUAUUUUACGUCAGCACUGUGGUCGGUGCAAACCGGAUGCGGAUUUCGUUUAAACCAGUCAUCGCUGCCAUUCGAACAGCAUUGGAAGGCGAACGCUCUAUCCCCUCACUCAUCACGGCUCGAUGCCAUUCAUUGAAAUUUUUCUAUUUAGAUGUUUUGUGAAGUUUAAAAUAAAAGAUGAUUCGCAAGGUCGGGGGAGGAUUCUACGGGGGAUCACAAAGGAAUGGUAUUUCAAAAAGGAGUCGAAAAACGUGCGAAAUAAUUAGGAAAUCCCCACAUUGUAUUAUCGGAUCAUCAUUUACUUCGAAACUUACAAAACUUUUUUUUAAAAAAGUCAUAACGAUAAUCUCAAAUUGCGUUUGUUUGAGUUUUUUGCUGAUAAAAGACAUGAAAUUCCACAAGCACGGAAUGACCAGAAAAAAUAACAGAAAGCGUCAUCGAACAGAAUGGCUGAAGAUACACUGUCUGACCAAAAGUAUCUGGACACCCGGUUGUUAUGUGGGGGUGGAAGCAUAAUGGUAUGGGGAUGUUUCUCGUGGUUUGGUCCAUUAAUUCCUGUGGUUGGAAACAUGAACUCUGAUAUGUAGGUGGACAAUUCUGCACUCUCAACUCCAUGGCAAUAUUGCGGCCCAUUUCUCGUCCAUCGAGGCUUGCACAGACGUGGUUUGAUAAAAUGGAUGUUCAAAAACUGAAAUAGCUUUCUCAGAAUCCCGAUCCCAUAGAAACACCUCUGGGACGAAUUAGAGAGCAGAUUACGUAGCCACCCUCCUCUCUGCAGGCAGCUCUCACUUCAGCUGAGAUGGAAGUCAAUUCCUAUCAAAAACUGGUGGAAAGUCUUUCCCAGACGUGUGCUUGGCUGUCAUCGAUGCAAAAAAGGUGAUCGACAUCCUAUUAAUAUGUGCCUCAGCACAGUCUAAGUCUAUAGCACUUUUUGUCUAGACACGUUUGGCCAGAUAGUGUAUUUGACUGAUUGUUUUGUUUAGAAGGAAAAAAAAAUUGGGCCUUGUUUCACACUAAUACAAAGAAAUUACUUUCUUGCCAACCCAAUAUAAAGUGACCCAGACUCUCUUAUCGUCAAUUCAAAGUAUUAGUUUCUAAGCGCAGCAAAGGAUUAAAUGUGAUAAACGAAAAUGUAUAAUCAUUUUAUCAAAGCAAUAAUCAAUGAACUUCAAUCGUAAAAUCGUAAUAAGAUCUUGAAUGAAUGAUUAUAUCGCUACUAACUGGUUUAUUAUAUCUCGAAUAAGGAACAACUCAUUAAAAAAGGCUUGAGAUAGAAAGACAAAUACUUAAUGGAGAGACUUAGUCAUAGAUAGAAAACUGUUAUAUUGCAUUUUCUAUCGCGAGCAAAAAGUAGUCAUAAACAUACAUGAUGUAUUAAACCAUCAUCAAAAUGCGUUGGAAGGAAAGUCCAUAGUUUCCAAUUCUAAAAAGGACACACGUUUUUGAUUGCGGUACGCUUCCAAAAAUGAUUCGAGGUAGAAAACCGGAGAAUGAUACUCACAUUUCCGACUCAGUAUUUCAUUUCCUACAACAACUUUAAAAAUACAAUCUAUAGGAUAUCUAUAAUAUUCCCUCUAAUGCGUAAUGUAAAAGUACGUCUACAGUUUUGAACUUAGAACGAACUCGUCUCUUAAAAAUGUUCACAUCAAGCUUGCACUCAUCCCCCCCCAGGUGCCACUGCUGAAACUUGAUUUAAAUUGUUGUAAAAAUCUAUGUCGGGUCUCUUUUGAAACUUAUUUUGUAAACUAGGAGCCAUUCAAAUAUUUCAUAAGCACUUGUAGUUUUGUUUAUUUUUGAAAAAAAGAUAUCAAUUGUAUAUACUUAUAAUUGUCGUACAGAAUAUAAAUUAUUUUGUAAACUAGGGGCCGUUAAGAAAUUAAGUAAGCAAUUGUAGUUCUGCUUAUUUUGGCAGAAAAAGAAAUGUGAUUUGAUCAAUGCUUCCAUUAUAUAUCGAUACAAAAUGAUGACUUGUAGUUUUAGAUAAAAUCAGGCCUGAGAUGGAUAAGAUAAAAACUGGCCAUUUCAAUGAUGGCUAGUUUUCUGGAGGAAUAUAAUAACUUAUUCAUCGGCAAAGAAACAGUCUUAUGUUUAACAAUCUUUGUAGCCAUGAGCUCUUCCCGAAAACAAUCAAGAACGAAAUAAUCUUCUCACCAGUUUCCCCCUCCCCACUUCAUAUACCGUAAUUUUCCUUUAACAAAGGAACCCAAUUAUAUUUUGCAUGUACGAAUCAGGCAUUCAUAAUAUUUGACAAAAUAAUUUCCAAAACAUUGAAAAUGGCCUUUUAAUGUGAAUAGAUAUUUAGCUGUAUUGUAUGAGACGACAAUGUUGUGUUCUGUCAACAACUGUAUUUUUAUA